UCAUUUCUCUCUCAUCUCUCUCACUUCUCUCUAUCUCACCACCAUAACCUCCACGGCUCCACCCUCCUUAACCACCACCACUCCCUCUUUCUUUUCCGUCAGCCGCCACCACCUGCGUCACCGGCCACCACCAUAACCCCGCCUUCAUUUGAAUACGACCCAGUCUCCAAAACAACCUUGCUAUGCUGAUAUUUAUUCUGUAGCAAAUCCAAACUCCAGUGUAUGUCCUAAGCUACAAUCAUGAGCAGACAGUCCUUUGGAUAAUUUUCCCUGUGAUGAAGAAUGUGCUAUAAUCGUAAAAAUAACAGCUUUAUUAAAAUUAAUUGAAAUUGAAAUUUGGAAGUGGAUUUGAAUUUGGAUUUGGAUUUACAGAGUUUGAAUUGAAAAUCCAUGAUUUGUCUAUGGAAGAGAUUGAGGUGAAUUGUUGAAGUAAGUUAGAGUGAAGUUAAAAUUGUUAUUCAGUUUCUUCAUGGAUUCAUAGUGGAAAUUCUUUGGUUUUUGAUUGUCCAUUGAUGAAGAUUUUGUGCUGAAGAUUAUAGUUGAAUUAAGUAAGUUAGAUUGAAAUUAAGUCAGUCAGAAUUAUUGUAUGCUAUAAGCUUCUCAUGAUUACUUGAUGGUGGCCGUUGACGGAAGUGGUGGUGGCCGACGAGAAAGAAAGAGGGAGUGAUGGUGGUUAAGGAGUGUGGAGGUUGUGGUGGUGAGAUAGAGAGAACAGAGAAAGAUGUUUGGAGAUGAAGAAAGAGUGGUUGUGAGAGGGGUGUACCAAAGAGUGGUUAUGUAUCUUUUCCAAAUGAUUUAGAAGUGUCAUGAAUUGAUUGGUUGUUAACUACUUGUUUGUUAUACGUAUGGAUAAACUGUCGCAUAUUAUCAAUGAUACAAUGAACAGAGGGUGACUAGUUAAAGCAUGCAACAAGUAAAAAAAAUUGGUGGAAUCACAAAGAGUUUCAACCCAUCAAAUUGGUCUCAUUCAAUAAGGAACAACAGUACUAACCAAGCAUCAUUGAAAAGGGCUCUUGUUUUGUAUAAACAAACUCGCCAUGACACAACACACGACCCCACCGUGAUCCCUCAGUUACUCAAAGCAUGCGAUUCUCACCCCUUCCUUCCUUACGUUAAAUCCUUACACGCAGAAUCCAUCAAAGCUGGUUCUGAUGUGGAUGUGUUCAUUGGAACCGCCAUUGUUGCAGCAUAUGCAAAAUGUGGCGUUGUUUGUGAUGCACGCAAGGUGUUUGAUUUAAUGCCUGAAAGAAAUGUUGUGACUUGGAAUGCAAUGAUUGGUGGGUAUUUGAGAAAUGGUGAUGCUAAAUCUGCGUUACUUGCGUUUGAAGAAAUGCCAGGGAAAACGAGGGUGAGUUGGAGUCAGAUGAUUGGUGGGUUUGCUAGGAAUGGUGAUACUUUAACUGCUAGGAAGUUUUUUGAUAAGGUUCCGUAUGAGUUGAAGGAUGUGGUGAUAUGGACUGUGAUGGUUGAUGGAUAUGCUAAGAAAGGGGAAAUGGAAGAUGCAAGAGAGGUUUUUGAGUUAAUGCCUGAAAGGAAUUAUUUUGUUUGGUCAUCUAUGGUUUGUGGGUACUGCAAGAAGGGUGAUGUUAUGGAGGCUGAGGCGAUUUUUCGACGGAUUCCAGUUCGGAAUUUGGAGAUUUGGAAUUCCAUGAUUGCUGGGUAUGUACAGAAUGGAUGUGGUGAGAAAGCAUUGGAGGCUUUUGGAGAAAUGGGAGUCGAUGGGUUUGAGCCGGAUGAGUUCACCGUUGUUAGUGUUUUAUCUGCUUGUGCUCAGCUUGGGGACUUGGAUGCUGGAAAACAGAUGCAUCACAUGAUAGAAUGUAAAGGAAUAGCUGUGAACCAGUUUGUUUUGAGUGGAUUGAUCGACAUGUAUGCAAAAUGUGGGGACUUGGUUAAUGCAAGGUUGGUAUUUGAAAGUUGUAAUGAGAGAAACGUUUUCUGCUGGAAUGCUAUGAUUGCGGGUUUUGCCGUCAAUGGACAAUGCAAUGAGGUUCUUGAGUAUUUGGAUAGGAUGCAGGAGUCAAAUAUAAGGCUUGAUGCUGUCACGUUUAUUACUGUACUCUCAGCUUGUGCUCAUGGAGGUCUGAUGAGCGAAGCAUUGGAAGUGAUAUCUAAAAUGGAGGAAUAUGGAAUUGAAAUGGGCAUCAGGCAUUAUGGAUGCAUGGUUGACCUCUUGGGAAGAGCAGGGAAGUUAAAAGAGGCAUAUGAGUUAAUAAAAAGAAUGCCAAUGAAACCUAAUGAAACAGUUUUGGGGGCAAUGAUCGGUGCUUGUUGGAUUCAUUCAGAUAUGAAAAUGGCAGAACAAGUAAUGAAGAUGAUCGGUGCAGACUCUGCUGCUUGUGUUAAUUCGCACAAUGUGCUUCUGUCAAAUAUCUACGCAGCUUCAGAAAAAUGGGAGAAAGCUGAAAUGAUAAGGAGUAGCAUGGUUGAUGGAGGAUCUGAAAAGAUACCAGGAUGAGCGCAAGGAGCUGUGCUGUGAAGCCACAUCUGAAGUGUUGAAAGCCAAUGAAGAUUGACACAGAUAACUCCAACAAAGAGUGGGAUAAGGAACAAUUAAAUGUAGCCAAUGAGAUUAAAUAGAGUCCCAACCAAAAUCAAGGUCCAUUUGGAGAGAAAGGAAUCAAGGCAUGUUUCAGAUAAAAUCUAUUUUAGUUGAGAAUAUUACAGAGUAUUGGAAGGUGACAGACAACUCAGAGUUGGUUGAAAUCUAAAGCACCGGGUUUUAAGUUUUCGUUGACGCGGUGGAUGUUAAACCCAUUAGCUUGUCUGGGCUUUGUUUCACAAGUUUUGGUCAAGCUAGUGUGUAUCUGAUAAAGGUGGAUAGGCUGAUGAAGGGUUAUAUGCAGAUAACACGUUUCCUGCUGUGGCGUGGUCUGGAAGAGCCGUUUCUGUUUUGGUGCCGGCUAAUUGGUCUGCAAAAACUACUGGUGGCUUGAAACUGUGCUGGGGCCUGAUGUAGUUACCUAUCAUACUGUGGAAUCAUUUCUGCUAGUUUUGCAGACUGAGUUAAUGGAUCGGAUCUGCAAUAUUUUUAUGCAGUAGCUGUUUUUGUAUGACUGUAACAGAGGUUGAGUGGUCGGCCUUCUUGUACAGGCCGGGUUUUGUGGAUGGAAGCCGAGUUAAUGCAGCUGUGUUGGUAGUGAGUCACAAUAAUAUAGCCUGGGAGGCUUCAAGGAGUUAGUUAGCUAAAGGCUUAGUGGUUAUGGUCGGCUGUCAAAUAAAUCAAAGAAAUCUUCUACUUUUGUUAUCAAAGUGUUACCUAGUCUGCAUAAUUGUGCAGAUGGGAAAGCUAUUUAAUGUUUUUAGAUCCUAGUGGUAGUAGGAGAUAACAAGUUUUUCUGUUUUGGUUGAUUUGGUAUCGAUGUUCAACUAAAGUGACUAUCUUCCUUUGUUAGUGUAAUUGUUCCUUAUUUAUAUAAUCUUGGCACGUCUUGUGCUUAGAUUAGAGAUUUUAAUAUAGAUUGCCUUGAGUUCAAUUUU